UGGAUGCCCCAGAGGAUGAGGAGGCAUGAGCCGGGAGGCUUUGGGGGCGGGGCCACGUCAGGAGGAAGAGGCGGGGCUUGCUCCACCGGACUGCAGAGUGGGCAGGGCAUGAGGCAUCGCACCCUAACCUCCAGCCCGGGCCUCUGGGCCUCUAUCCCGUGUCCACGCUCUGAGCUGCGACUGGACCUGGUUUUAUCUUCUGGACAGUCCUUUCGGUGGAAGGAGCAAAGCCCAGCGCACUGGAGCGGCGUGCUGGCGGACCAAGUAUGGACACUGACUCAGACCGAGGAGCAGCUCUAUUGCACUGUGUACCGAGGAGACAAGAGCCAGGCCGGCAGGCCCACCCUAGAGGAGCUGGAAGCCUUACACAAGUACUUUCAGCUGGAUGUCAGCCUGGCUCAGCUGUAUAGCCAUUGGGCUUCUGUGGACUCCCACUUCCAAACAGUGGCUCAGAAAUUCCAAGGUGUGAGAUUGCUGAGACAAGACCCCACGGAAUGCCUUUUCUCCUUUAUCUGUUCCUCCAACAACAACAUUGCUCGAAUCACCAGCAUGGUAGAACGGCUAUGCCAGGCCUUUGGACCUCAACUCAUUCAGCUUGAUGAUGUCACUUAUCAUGGUUUCCCCAGCCUUCAGGCCCUGGCUGGUCCAGAGGCAGAGCCUCACCUCAGAAAGUUGGGCCUAGGGUACCGGGCCCGCUAUGUAUGUGCCAGCGCCAAAGCUAUCCUCAAAGAGAAAGGUGGGCUGGCUUGGCUGCAGCAACUUCAAGCGGCCUCUUAUGAAGAGGCCCACAAGGCCCUUUGCACCCUGCCCGGGGUGGGCACCAAGGUGGCUGACUGCAUCUGCUUAAUGGCCCUUGACAAACCCCAGGCUGUGCCAGUGGACGUCCAUGUAUGGCAGAUCGCCCAGCGUGACUACGGCUGGCAACCUAACACAUCCCAGGCUAAGAGCCCGAGCCCUCUGGCCAACAAAGAACUGGGAAACUUUUUCCGGAAUCUCUGGGGACCUUAUGCUGGCUGGGCCCAAGCAGUGCUGUUCAGUGCUGAUCUACGCCAACCAAACCAGGCUCGGAAGCCACCAGCAAAGCGCAGGAAGGGCUCUAAGAGACCAGAAGGCUAGGACUCUUGUCAGCGGAGACAAGUGCGGUUCAGAGAUGUCUUGAAAUCAGCGAUUGGUCAGAGGCAGACGGUAUUCAAACCGACAAUUAUGAGAUGCCAGAGGCUAGUCAAUUUGACCCCGGAGUUGCUUUCAGAAGAGUUCUGGUACCUCCCUUAGGGUUCUUAGGCUUCUAGCCCCUCUGUCCCCACCCUCUAGUGAUUAAAGGGAGCUGGGCCCAUGGAAGGUUCAGAAGACUAGGAAAGGGCUGGUGAAAUAAAGAGCUGCAGGAUCCCAUUUGAUUGGCAGGUAAACUGAAGCCCCAAGUCAGUGGAAACAGAGCGGCUCUGCUCCCAUACACUUGCAAGUACUGCUCAAAGGGACCAAGGGAGAGAGGUAGGAUGGGGGAGGUGGAGUUAAAUCUGGCUCCUUAGGGAAGCUGGCCUAAGAGGACCACAGUGCCAUGUGACAGACCCUUGGCUAGGAGCCAGAAUGGGGAGGGUGGAGCAAAUCUGCUCCCGGUGCUGCAGGCUCCAGGCCAAGGGACAUGACCCGACUUGGUUUAAGCAAGACUCUUUGGGAAUAAAUUGAGCUCAGGCUAGAGGGGGAAGCAAUGGCAGGAACUUGAGGUGGGUAUGUCCUAAAGCCAGGCAGGGAGACAUUGGUUCCCAACAUGACCUACCUACCACACCGCUCACUUCUGGAUCCAACAUUUAUUUCUCCCAGUGUGACUGUCCAUUGUCCUGGAGUAGUCAAGCCCAGGAAGAUUGCUAGAAGGCUGAUCUGGCCUCCCUUACCACGCUGUACCUUCGGAAGCCUCAGUUUCUUCUCUGAUAUGGAAUUAUUGACGACUGACUCAGAAUUCUUUUAAGAGUUCUGUGUAGGGGACUGGAGAGAUGGCUCAGAAGAGCAUUGCCUGCUCUUCCAAAGGUCCUGAGUU